AUGGCUUUGUACUGGCUAUUAUGUCCCUCCAUUUAUCUUUUUUCUUAUAAUAUUGCUCAAACAGUUCAGGAAGAAGUGGAAUACGAAUGUGUUGAUAUCUAUAAGCAACCUUCCUUUCAACAUCCAUUGAUGAAGGAUCACCAGAUCCAGAUGAGACCAAGUGUCGAGUUUCAAGCCAUGUUAUUGAAGGAGUACCCGGAAAUAUUAAAUUUGUCCACUAAUUAUAAAUCUAAAGAACGUUGUCCUGAAGGAAAAGUGCCAAUUCACAGACCGCAAAUUAACUAUACUAAUAACUUUAUGAUCCAUCCAGAGAAAGCGAUUGCAGAAACCAAUCUACAUUAUGCAAUAAUUAAACAAUUUGAGAAUGCGACCAAAAAAUGGCGUGGAGUUGGAGCGCAAGCGGUUUUUGAUAUUUACAAGCCACGAGUAUUAAGUAAUCAAUUCACUAAGGCCUGGAUUUGGCUUAAUCAUAGAGAAAAUGAUGUGAUAAGCAGCAUCCAAUUCGGUUGGGCUGUGCAUACAGGAUUAUAUCCUGAUGAUCGUCCAAGACUCACAACAUAUUUUGUAUCAGAUAGACAGAAAAACGGAUGUUACAACACGUUAUGUCGAGGAGGUUUUGUCCAAGUCCAUAAGACAAUCUACCCCGGAAUGGUUUAUGAUAAAGUUAGUGUUUUAGGAAAAAGACAAUACAGUGUUCAUCUUCUCGUUGGUCAGGACUCGAGAACGAAAAACUGGUUGUUGAUGACGAGAACCACCUUGAUAGGCUAUUGGCCGCAUCAAAUUUAUUCAGCGCAAGGACCAACACAAGCUUACUUUGGCGGAUAUGCAGGCGGGCUAACCGGAGAUAUCAGCCCGGCCAUGGGGGCAGGGAAUUUUGUGAUUCAAGCGGGAUUUAGGAAAAAUUACUCAUGUUUCAUGAAACAGCUUAAGUUAUUUUAUGGUAAUAAACUCGAGGAUAUUGAUUCGAAUGCGUUCGGGGAAUACGUGGAUAGUCCAAAUUGUUAUGAUGUAUGGUUUCGUAAGUUUGAAGUUGGUAAUGGAGAGCUCCUCACGUUCGGUGGACCUGGUGGAGCGUGUGGUUUUCCAUAA